CUUCUCACCUCCCAUUUUCAAUCCUUUCUCCCCCUAAUAUUCCUCUCCCCCUUUUCUUUUCUUUUUUCUUUUUAUGUUUCAUUCCCUUCACACCUCACCUCUCUCUCUCUCACUCACACACACACACACACAUGUCUGUGUGUGUGUAUGUACUACAAUUACAAAGAGGCAGAUCUUGUUGUCAGAGGGACUGAAGUACUUCUCUUCUUUUCUGAUCAUUCAAGGAGGCCCAGCCCCCCUCUUUGUGUCAGAACAACAGUUGUUCUUGUCCAAAAAAUCCUCAAAAACCCUAAUACCCUUUUCCUGAUCUAUCAUCAGAUUCAUCACCCUCCAUGACGACCACUCACCCCAAGAAUCCCACCACUCACCCCAAGAAUCCCACCACAAACCCCAGCUCCGUCAUCAGGACUAGAUUUGCUGUAAGGUUUCUCCACGCCAUGAAGAAACUCAACAAGAAAACACCCCCUUCACGCAGAUACCAUACCAUCAGAGCUGCAGCCUGCGCGUCCAUGGCUUCUGCUGUCGGGCCACGGAGGGCCUGGAGUCGGGCCAUCCUCAGAAAGAUCCGAGCCCGAACCCUCCACGAUCAUCUCAUACAUAAAAGCAGAAACCAUCGUUUAAUCACUAGGAGAAAAAGUGCUGGCCUGAGAGGAAACCCUAGAGAUCAAGAAGAGGUAGGUUUUAGACAGGAAGACGAUCUUCGCGGGCUGGUUCCGGGAGGCGAAGGGAUGGGGUUUUGCAGGUUGUUGAGUGAAACUGCACACUAUAUAAAGUGCCUCAGAGCCCAGGUACAGGUCAUGACAAACAUACUUGAUCAUUACAGUUCAAGUUGAAACAAAGAUCAUCAACAUAUAUAUACAUAUAUAUAUAUAUAUGCAUAGUUUCAGACACUGAAACAUAUGGUUUUACAAAUCAAGAAAUUUACCCUUUUCCUAUGUUGUCAUAUGAACAAGAAUAAUUAAUAGGGUAUGAUCUAUAUAUAUAUAUAUAUAUAUAUAUAUAGUUUCUUAGUGUACAGAUUGAGGAUAGUUAUAGUCUCCUGAGAUCAGUGUGUGUAUAUAUAUAUAUAUAUGUGUGUGUGUGUGUGUGUAUGUUUUAUAUAUAUAUAUGUGAUAAAGUUGCAAAGUCUUUCUUUAGUUUUAGUCGAAUUGCAAGAAGAUUGUAAAACUUAAUUUAUUUUA